AUGUUCUCAGGUUGGUGCUUCACAACCAACAGUGCGUGGCAUAAAGGAGGAAGAAUUAUAGUUGCUUGGAAUCCUUUGAGAUUCAAUGUAAGUAUACUCAGUUGCUCAAAUCAGCUAAUUCAUUUGUCUGUUGCUACUGUGGACAAUAAGCAUAGCUUUUUCGCUACUUUUGUAUAUGGCUUUAAUGAUGAGGAGGGAAGAAAAAGCUUGUGGAAAAGAUUACAGGAUAUGGCUAGAGUGGACCCAUGGGUAGUGCUUGGGGACUUUAAUGAUAUCUUGAACAGGGAUGAAAGAAUUGGGGAUAGAGCAAGACACAGCUUAAAUAAUGAGUUCAUUAAUUGUGUUUCUGGCUGUCAGUUGGAAGAUGUUAAAUACAGUGGGAACUUCUAUACUUGGAGUAAUAAACAGCAGGGAUCAGAUAAAAUCUACUCCAAGAUUGAUAGAGUUAUGGCGAAUCAAGCUUGGAUGGAAAAAUUUACAAAUGCUGAAGCUAUUUUCCUUAAUGAAGGCAUAUUUGAUCACACUCCAGCAGUUCUUACAGUGCAUUCUGACAUUCCUAGUGGUAAGAAACCGUUCAAGUAUUUUAGGAUGUGGUCUUCCCAUCCUCAACACCACCAAGAAGUGAGUAGGGUGUGGCAUCAAAUGGUUAAAGGGACUAAAAUGUACCAAGUUGUGUCUAAACUUAAGAACCUUAAGCCUAUCUUUAAAGAGCUGAACAAGAGGGGUUUUUCAGAGAUUCAUAUGGCUUAUAUGCAAGCUAAAGAGAAGUUGAAUGAUUGUCAGAAUAAGAUGCAUCGAGAUCCUUUGAAUGUGGUUCUACAGUAUCAAGAAUUGGAAGCUAGAAAGCAUUAUGCAGGGACUUUGUUGGGCACUCAAAUGGACAAUAGGCAUCAAGUUAAAGACUCAAUUAUGGCUCAUGGUCCUGUGCUUUCCAUACAACAGGCAGAUUUUCUAUCAGCUGAGUUUACUAAAGAAGAUAUUAAAGAUGCUAUGUUUAGCAUCCCUGGCAUUAAAGCUCCAGGGCCUGAUGGUUUUUGCAGCUACUUCUUUCAGGACAAUUGGGAUUUAGUUGGAGAUGAGAUAAGUGAAGCUAUAUUAUUGUUCCUACAUACAGGGCAUCUGUUAAAAGAGAUUAAUUCUACAGUGAUUACCCUUAUCCCUAAGUGCAAAUGUCCUAAUACUGUAAGUGAUUAUCGUCCCAUAUCUUGCUGCAAUGUCUUAUACAAAGUAGCUACAAAAUUGAUCUGCAGUAGGCUUAAAGUUAUUCUUCCAGAUCUUGUGGCUCAAAAUCAGGGGGGAAUCCUGCAAAAAGUCGGGGAGAAGGAUGAGUUUUUGUUUCAUGACAGAUGCAGGGAUUUAAAGAUUAACCAUCUCAGCUUUGCCGAUGAUGUGUUACUGUUCUGCAAGGGUGAUUUCAAGAGCAUAUAUCUAAUGUUGCAGGGGCUAAAGUUGUUCUCAAAGUCCUCUGGAUUGAACCCAAACAUCAAAAAAACUGCCAUAUACUGUAGUGGCAUGAGUGAGGAGGAAAUUCGAAGAGUAAUUGAUGUGUCAGGAUUCAGUAGAAGUAAUAUGCCGUUUAAGUAUCUUGGUAUACCCAUCUGUGCCAAGAGAAUCUCAGCUGUUGAGUGCAAAUUGCUGGUUGAGAAGAUGACAGCCAGGAUUAAGAGUUGGAGUGCCAGAAACUUGUCGUUUGCAGGUAGAUCAACUUUGAUUAAUUCUGUGCUUCUAUCUAUUCAUGCCUAUUAG